AUGCCAUCCAAGAACUCUAUUAACAGGCCUAAGCAAAAGGUCAAUUUGAACCGUAAGAUUCACCAACGUGCAGCCAAGCGUGAUGCUAUGGAAAGAAAGGGUCUAUUGGCCCCAGCCAGAUCAUCUGAGCUUUCGAAGUCUGGUCAGUUGAAGAGUGUGCCGCUAGAUCUUUACAAGGGUGAGAGAUUGUCGCAAGGUCCUACAACCACUCAUACUCUAUCGAAAAAGAGAGCCAAGAAGAUUGAACGUAACCUAAAGUAUGUUGAGCAAAGAAAGCUAUUGUUGGAUUUGCAGUCCCAGAGCGAGCAGAACGGCGGUAUGCAGAUUGAUGCUGUUUCGUCUACGAAGAAGGAGAAGGUUGUCAAGAAGGGUCAACUUGAAAAGAUGAGAGAAGCAAUCUCUGGUGUGUUGGAGGACAUCCAAUCGCAAGGUCUAACAUUGCACACUGAGGCCGGUACCACACUUGGUGGCCAGUACUUCAUAUAA